CGCGCGGAGGGAAAGGCAGGCACACACGCGCGCGCUUUUCCAGCCAUUCGCUGCAGAUGCGACUGGACGGGCUCCGGUUUUCUGGGAAUAAAUACAAAAUCAACAUUCCUUGUGGCUUCUCAUUGGAGUCCUUCCUCAGCUUACAAGCGCUUGUCAAACUCUCCAGAAUGAACAGGGCAUUUAACAGGAGAAAGGAUAAACCCAGUAUGCACACACCUGAAUCCUUGGUGAGAAGUCAUGUUGUGUAUAAUGCAAAGUUCCUGGGAAUUACAGAAGUGGAGCAGCCCAAAGGGACAGACAUGGUCCGUGUGGCCGUCAGGAAGCUGAAGUUUCAAAGGCACAUCAAGAAGUCAGAGGGGCAAAAAACUCCUAAAGUGGAGCUUCAGAUCUCUAUAUAUGGUGUGAAGAUAUUGGACCCUAAAACCAAGGAGAUGCAGCAUAACUGCCAACUUCACAGAAUGUCCUUCUGUGCAGACGACAAAACUGAUAAAAGGAUCUUCACCUUUAUCUGCACAGAACCCGAGACGAAGAAACACCUGUGUUACGUGUUUGACAGUGAAAAAUGUGCAGAGGAGAUCACUCUUGCUAUUGGACAAGCCUUUGAUCUCGCCUACAAAAAGUUCCUAGAGUCUGGUGGAAAAGAUGUAGAGACGAGAAAACAGAUUGGAAACCUUCAGAAACGAAUUCAGGAUUUGGAGAUGGAAAACUCAAAACUGAAGAAGAAGCUUAAGGAGCUGGAGGAUCAGCUGAUGGAUUCUCGCUGCUCGCCAGAACCUUCAAAGCCGUCUGCCUUGUCCUGGUGUGGUGAUGAUGUCACAUCACUGUCCAGCCUAGAGAUCUCCUCUGUCACUCUAACGCCUGUCAGCUCACCCGAUUCCAGCCAAUCAGCAAGCUUGCUCACCCAGCCUCCUGCUAAGCCCACCCACUCACAGCCCACAAGUGGUUGCAUCGUGCCACAACCUCGUGCUGGAAGCAUACAAGCUAGAGUGCCCUCUACUGACAUAUUUGAUAUGGUUCCAUUCACCCCCGAAUCUCCAAUAACAAGACGGCUGAACUGUAACGGCAUCUCAUCUCUAUACCUGCCUUCAAAAAAAGACAGAGAUAUAGACCUGUUUGGAGCUGAACCAUUUGAUCCGUUAAUUUGUGGACCUGCUGUCUUCACCCCAGACAUCCAGUCCAAAUUGGAUGAGAUGCAGAGGCAGAGAUGGUUUGUACAUGUUCAUUUGAGAUUGAUCCUCACAAUGUAUCCUCUAGUGUUUUGAUAUGGUCUUACAAGAUAUACGUUUCGAUUUACAAGCAUGACACGUGUCGUCUAUUUUUUUGGGUUUUAUUGUAUGUCUUAAUAUAUUAGGCCAACUUUUUUUUUUUUUUUUUUACAUUUUCUGCACCUUUCUUUGUGAAAAAGUAUAAUCAUCAGAGUCAAAGGGCUUUGAAGAACUAAGAAAUGACAGGUGUUUAGAUCUGCAGAUUCUGUGUGGUGCUGGUUAUUGUAUGCAUGCUGUCUCAGUGUUUUUUCAGACUACAAAACUUGUUUUACACACACAUAUUACCAGUACUGUGCAGCUGCAUGUAGUUUCAUCCCUAAGCCUAUUUUGCAUUGCGCAUGCAGAAAAAAAAAUAAAACAUUGAAAUGCACUAUCCAGUUAAAAUGAGCACUCAUAGAGACUCAUUCUUAUUGGCUGCAUGUAUUGCGACUGCAUUCACGAAAGUCAACAUUUCAGAACCACAGAUGCAGAAGAACAGCUUUCUUAGACUAUCGAGUGUGAAACAAAAUAAAAAAUGCUGCUGGAGUUACACUGCAGUGCUGAUGUAAAACAGACU